AUGGAGGAAUGCAGUCUGAAUUCGAAGUCCAGCGAAGCUCUUCAAGCGCAUCUUCAACAGAGCGCUGGCUUUAGGCCAAACCCCACUUUCUGUAAAACGGGCUUUUUGAGCUUCAGGAUAUUACCAAAUGCUCUAGCUGCACCUAUUGGUCGUCCUCAGAUGCUGGACAGGGGAUCUGUCGGGACUCGAAUUUCUAAGGCCAGCUCGUAUCGCCCCAUGGUUCGCUCAGUCAAUGCCUCUUAUAUCAACCAUAACGACAUUGAUAUCGCCAUCAUUCACAAUAUUGGCAUGACAACAUGCAAAUCUGCCUUACAAGACAAACAAGAAGAGCUCGAGAUUGUUGAUGGCGAGCAUUACCAACAGCGGAUCCAAGAGAGACGCGAGAUGCAAUGA